CUCAGCUUUGGUCAGAGGCAGGCUGGCGCGGACCGUGGCCGGGACAAAGAACGGGCACCCCAACCAAGCGAGCUCAGUGCCAUGUCAUUGUGCUGUGUGCGGUGGUGGCCGGUGCCCGGCGGCCCGGGCAGGAGGCGGUGCGCCCUAGGGGCAGCGCUGGUAGCGUUGUUAGCGCUACUGUGGCUGGGUGUCGCGCGACCCGAGCUCGCUCGCCUGCCCCAGGGUCCCCGCCAGCCUGCUGGUACCAACGCAUCCUUGCGCCCUGACUCUGGUCUGGAGCUCGACGGUGGCGACGACGGAGAGGCCAUGAGGACCGUACGGUGCGCCUCGGCGCAGCCCCAGGUCCUUCCUCGGCAGCCGAAAGAGCCACGCUUUCGCGCCUUCCUCCGCCACAGCCACUGUCGCUAUUUUCCCCUGCGCAGCGACCACCCGGACAAGUGUGGAGGUCGGGUGCGGCUGCUGCUGGCCGUCAAGUCGGCACCCGAACACGGAGAUCGGCGAGAGGCUGUAAGGCGCACAUGGGGCCGAGAACUGACGGGGCCCGGCUCGGGCUCGGACGCCGCAGCCGUGCGCACAGUGUUCUUGCUGGGUAGAGGAGCGGCAGAAGAGGGGCCCAGCGGGGAGGCGCUUCGUCAGAGGUUGGAGCAGGAAGACCGGGCGCACGGGGAUCUUCUGCGCUGGGACUUCGAUGACACCUUCUAUAACCUCACACUCAAGGCUGUCAACUUUCUGCGCUGGUUCCAACGUCGCUGCCCCAGUGUGGAAUUCGUGUUCCAGGGUGACGAUGAUGUGUUUGUACAUCCUGCCAAUUUGCUGGAAUUCCUACGCUCCCGACAGGGCGACCCUAGGCUGCCUCAGCUCUUUGUUGGCGACGUGAUUCGCCGGGCCUGGCCCAUUCGCAACCAGCACAGCAAGUAUUACAUCCCACCCGAGCUCUUCAACCAGCCUUACCCACCCUACGCUGGAGGGGGAGGCAUCCUCAUGGCAGCCCCGCUGGUUCGGCGCCUGCUGCCAGUCUCAGAGUAUCUUCCCCUGUUCCCCAUAGAUGAUGUCUUCUUGGGCAUGUGCCUGAAGCGGCUUGGGGUGGUGCCUCAGGCUCACCCAGGCUUCCGUACUUUCGGCAUUCACCGCACCCGCACCAAUCCCUUGAACUGGGAUCCCUGCUUCUACCGGGAACUGCUCAUGGUGCACCAGCUGGGGCCCCCUGCCCUCAUCAGCAUGUGGGAGGCCGUGCAUAGCAAAGACCUGCAUUGUGCCAAGACUGUCAGCUUCCUCUGAGUCUCUUGCCACGCACGGGGA